AUGCGUCCUGCUCUUCCUCUUCUUCAGCUGGCAGCUGCCCUUUACUCGGUAGCACCGCUUGCCGCUGCCUGGCCCGGGCACAGUACCGGCCAAGUAAACAAUGUUGUGGUAGUCCGCGCUGACCCCCCUGCCUCUGCUGCUCCCAGCCAGGGCCAGACUUCCAACAACGACAAGCCCAAAGAGACUAAUGCUGGCAGCAACACGGCCAAGCCCCAGGAAUCCAACAAGGCGGGCGGCAACACGGCCAAGCCUGAGCCUACAGAUCCUCCCAAGAACAAGGGUGAUUCGUCGUCCAAGGAUGGUGGCUCUUCCAGUGAUGGAGGAGAUUCGUCGUCUAGCGAGAGAAAUACCGACUUUGCUUUUGACGCUGGCAAUGGCCGUGUCGUCAUGACCAAACCCGCAGCCUUCGAUAUCCCGCUCUUCCGUAUCGGCACCAAUGUCACUCUUGGCUGGAACUACACGGGACUGCUCGCUACUCCUACCGCUGUCGACGUCGUUCUUACGCAAACUAUCGCAAAGGCCCGAUGGACCCUUACGGCCAACAUGAGCUUUACAAGUGCCGUCAACUAUGUCUGGGAUACCACCGUUCAGGGCAGCGAUAAGAGUGCACCACUUCUUGACUCCGACUACCAGCUCAUUGUCAAGGAUUCCGAUGUUCCCCUCGAUCAACAACUCAAGCCCGGUUACUUGCGCCCUGACCAGGUUUUGAAGCUUAUGCUUUACCGCGCUCAACCCUAUGUGUCAUUGCCCGACUACCAGUGCAGCGGCUGCGCCAGUGCUGCUAGCUCCAUGUACGGCAGCGCUGUUGGCCUUGCGCUGACAAUGACUGUUCUCAGCGUUGCGACAUUCACCAUGUUUGUCACUAGUGCCGGUAUUGUCUAA